AUGGCCUUCAAAAGAUAUGUUAACAUACAAAUUGAAACAUACUCGUUCCUGCAGGCUGUGACUGACCAGAGACUGAUCUAUGGUGGUAAACUGCUGCCCGACUAUCUACACAUCAAAGAUCUCUUCAGACAGACUGAUACGAGUCCCACAAUCCAUCUGGUGUGUCCUAUCCAGAAUCUACAACAAAGACCACUAGGAGCAAGACCAAAGACCAAAGCGACACAACUGCCACAACCCUCCAGCCCAAGGCCCGCGGCAGCCUCUGCUUCACCCAGUCCCAGCAGCCUGUCCUCCACAGACCAGACUCCCAGCACACCAGAACUGAGACAGAGGAGGCAGACAAGUCCAUCUUCACCUGCUGCUCCAGCCCACACACAUGCCCCAGUGUCUCCACCAGAAACGCCUACAUGGCCUGCUGCUGCAAUGGCCAGAUCAACUCAGAUCACCCAACCAGCCUUUCCCACCUACUCCCUGUACAGCCCUCAACAACUUCUGUGGCUGCAGCAUGUCUAUGCUAGACAGUAUUACAUGCAAUAUCAGGCAGCGUUGGCCGCUGCAGGGACCGUCCCUUCUGCACCAGCUCCAACAAUCGGCCAGUACCCUCCGUUACCCCAACAUGUGCCAGUAGCAGCCCCCUUAGCCAAUCAAAACCCAAUCGACAACCUGCAAGCCAAUCAGAACCCAGCGCAAGAUGCAGCUUUCAUCAACCCUGGUGAGGCCAACCAGAACAUGCGGAUGAAUGCCCAGGGGGGGCCUGUCAUGGAGGACGAGGAGGAUAUGGAGCGUGAUUGGCUGGACUGGUUGUACACCGCUGCGAGAUUAGGUGUUCUGCUCAUGAUCGUGUACUUCAACUCCAACCUGAGUCGCUUUCUGCUGGUGAUGAGCACCCUCUUCCUCAUGUACCUUCUUUGGGGGAUUAGACUCCAUCGUGACGACUUCCCACUCGGAAGGUAAUGAAGCUGACAGCAGGAUAGGAGACCCCCCUAUGGGGUCUUGACAC